CCGUGGCAGUUUGCCAAAUGACGAUCUGAUGAUUGAAAUGGCGUCAGUCACUAUACGUGGCUGCGCUCUCGGCGCCGUGUCUUUACUAAACUUUGCGUUUGUCUUCAUAUCCGGUGCAGACUUCGUUCGGUUCAUAUCAUUUAGAGCCAUUUACCAUAACAUUACCGGGGAGACGAGGCUUUGCCAAGACUCCAUACCGUGGAGUGAGGCCCUGCAGGACAGCUCAGUCCUCGGUUCUCUUGUUGUGGACGUGGUUCUGCUGGCUCUGUUCAUCACGCAGCACAGUCUGCUCGCCUGGUCUCCUGUCAAACAGGCUCUGCAGUCAGUGCUGGGAUCUCUGAACAGGACAGCGUACUGCUUCACCACUGCUCUGGCACUUCAGAUCUUGAUGCGGUACUGGCAGCCCGUGACUGGCGCCCCCUGUCUGUGGUCAGUGCGUCACGCUCCCUGGAGUGUCUGGUUUCCUCUGCUCUGCUUCACCCUGCACUUUCUCUGCUGGGCCAUCAUCUGCAGCGUCCUCAUGAUCUUUGAUUACCCAGAGCUGCUGGGCAUCAAGCAGGUUUAUUACCAGUGUCUUGGAUUAGGAGACCCUUUGUGCCACAAGUCCACUCAGGCCCAGCGUUUCCUGUCUCACCUCCGUCACCCAGUGUGCCUGGAGCUGGGCGUAGUGCUGUGGUUCUUGCCGGCCUUGUCCCUGGACAGGCUCCUGUUGGCGGGGACCCUGUCCACCUACCUGGCCUUGGCACACUCUCUGGACAAACAGGAUUUAGCCUACCUCUGUGUCCAGAUUAACAGCAAGGUGCGGCUCCUGGCCGAGCCACACAGCAAAGAGGAGUGAAAUAAGUGUCUUCUUACUGCAGAGCCUGUUGUCUUUAAACCCUUUCUAACAGACUUCAGCAGAGACUUGUGUUGAAUGAGGUCAAAACAAACGUGCUCUGGUCAUUUCUGCUCAUUUCAAAUGACCACAUGUACACUGAAUUCUGUGCUACUGGACAUUAUUUUGUUUACUUCUCUUUUCACGUAUUGCUUUAUUACUAAAGGAAAUCUUAUUCCACCAUUUAAAACAUUAAAAAAAAACUCUAGUACUACUGUCACAUUUCUGAGCCAACAGAACAGAAUUGUUAUAUUUUAACCCCAUUGUAUUGUAAUGUUUACUUUUCCACAGCAACACCAGAAGUUUUUAUGCUCAUACUGAGAUUUGAGAGCUUAAAUCACAGCUGCAGAGACAUUAACUAUUACAUAUCAAACUAAAAAACUUGAUGUGCCUUUAUUUUUUAGAUUUUCAGAUAUAUUUUCAAUGACAUAUUUCUUAUUUUAAACAACAUUUUACAGUUUAUAUUUUUUACAGGCUGUCUAAGUCUACACUGUAUUUUUUUUUAACUUUGAUUUCACAUUUAAUUGUCCUCAGAGGCAAAUGUAAUGUGGAUAAUUCACACUGACAAACAUUUUUAACUUUGAUAUCCUGUGUAAAGACAGUAUUUUCUGGACGUGUUGAAUAAAUGCAAUGAGUUUUACAUUG